CAAACUUCUUCGUCCAGAUGCGGACGGCAAAGCUGGGGCCCUAAUCCUGCUUCACCGACAACUAAUGCAUCGCUACUAAGGAAGCGAUGCAUGUCCUUCAUUUUUUAUAUUGAGUAUCACCCAGGAUGAAAUCAUUUUUGCCUGAUUUUUCAUAUAUGGCCAGAAACAUUGUCGACAUCCCUCUUCUCUCAAUGUGUUUCACAGGUGUUGGUCGCACACUUCAGUGUCCCCACUGCGACGUCAGAUGUCUGGGACAACAUCUGGACAGACACGUGAAGAUAAGUCACGGUCACAUCGGCAGGAACGGGAGAUUCAAGUGCGAGCGGUGUCAAUACUCGACCAACAAGUCCACCCGUAUGAAACGCCACCGCAUGGCUCACACGGGGGAGCGACCCCACUGCUGCUCUAUCUGUACGGCACGGUUUGCUCAGCGGUCCACUCUCACCACACACACGCGGACCCAUACCGGAGAACGGCCGUAUGCCUGCUCCCUCUGCCAUGCACAAUUCGCUGACCAGGCGCACCUCAUCAGACACAAGCGAACCCACACUGGGGAGAGGCCGUAUGGCUGCUCCCUCUGCAAGGCACAAUUCAAUGAACGGACAAAACUCACCGGGCACAUGCGAACCCACACUGGGGAGCGGCCACACAGCUGCUCUAUCUGCAAGGCACGGUUCUUUGAACGGUCACAUCUUACUGCACACAUGCGGACCCACACUGGGGAGCGGCCGUUCGGCUGCUCCAUCUGCACGGCACGGUUCACUGAACGGUCUACCCUAACAAAACACAUGCGCACCCACACAGGGGAGCGGCCGUACGGCUGCUCAACCUGUGCGGCACGGUUCGCUCAACGGGCAUAUCUCAACGAACACGUGCGGACCCACACGGGGGAGCGGCCGUACGGCUGCUCACACUGCGAGGCCCGGUUCACUCAACGGUCAAGCCUCAACAAAGACAUGCGGUCCCACACGGGGGAGCGGCCGUACGGCUGCUCACACUGCGAGGCCCGGUUCACUCAACGGUCAAGCCUCAACAAACACAUGCGGUCCCACACGGGGGAGAGGCCUUUCGGCUGCUCCAUCUGCCCGGCACGGUUCUCUCAACGGUCAAGCCUCAACAAACAUACGCGUACACACACGGGGGAGCGGCCGUACAGUUGCUCCCGGUGUCAGGCCCGGUUCGCUGAACGAGGAAGUCUCAACAAGCACAUGCGGACCCACACGGGGGAGCGGCCGUACGGCUGCUCACACUGCCAGGCCCGGUUUACUCAACGGGCAUAUCUCUUCAGACACAUGCGGACCCACGCGAAGAGCGGCCACACGGCUGCCUCUACAUCAGCAACGGUUCGGCAGUUUGACACAAAAAAUACGUUUUAAAGUGGUUGGUACACUGGUGAGAAUAACAAGCUGUGAGUGACCGAAGCGGUAAAUCGUUUGAAUGUCGAAACACAGUGCUGAGGCUUCACGACAAGUGCAUGACCAGCCCCGUUGUACGUUAGUUAUUCGUGUUAUAGCUGUGACUCUCGUUUGUGAGCUUCGUGGCUACCAGUGUCAUAUCUGGUUUGUUUGUACAUACUUAUCCAGUGUGAUUCAGUGGUUGUGUAUUUAAAAUAGCCGCCCUUACAUAGGAGGAAAGGACUGUCGAACUGUCGUUAUUUUAAGCGCCGUAGCGCCAUUUUUAACCCAUUAGUGCCGCUUGGGUCAUAUAUGACCCAAAAGCAAAAUCUUAAUGUUCCUUCUCAAUGGAGGCAAACGGCACUUUGAUGAACUUGCGCGUGUGUUUUGUCGAUUUUGUGGGUUUAGUGACGAGAGUUGGAGCGGCAUAAAACUGGUGUGAGCUCGUCCACUGAAGUUUCUGGAGCCAAAGACGACGGGACUGCACAGCCGCCGGUCACUGGCAAUGGUGCGCCGUCCCAAAAAGUAAUGUUGUAUUAUGUUUGCAAUUUACUAUCUGUUGAAUGAUCGUCUACCUAUUUAAAUUUGUCUGAAAAAGUAUGAUGUGUAUUUUUGCCCUUCUUCUCGUCACCGGAUAACUUUUGUUCCUCAAUAAAUAUCCUUGGGUCAUAAAUGACCCAGCCGGCAAUAGUGUUAUCAAUUUACUCAGUAUGUUAAAUACAAUGGAAGCAACUGA